UACUUUGCAGGGCGCCAACUUUGAACCCUGCGCUGUCCCAAGCGGAUCACAUGUAAGGGCUCUCCGAAUAAUCACGGAGGGAUAUCUUGGGCAAGCUUAGAUACGACCGUCAGCAAGAUAAAAUAGAACAAAAAAGAGAGAAAACAGAAAAACUAGAUACAUCGUAUCAGCUUCCCCCUUAGUCCCGGGUAGGGCCGCUACGGAUGUAUGUCGACGUCUGGCCAACGCCUUCAAGAUGAGGGCUCCCGCCUCCAAGUCGUCGCCGCCGGGGCCACCGCGGGUCUAAUAUCGCGCUUCGUAGUCGCGCCCCUCGACGUCGUCAAGAUCCGCCUACAACUACAAUCGCACUCGCACACCGACCCUCUGAACCACGCCGAACUGCGCGGCUCCCCCAUAUACAAGGGCACGCUGCGCACCCUACGGCUUAUCGUCGCCAACGAGGGGGUCACCGCGCUAUGGAAGGGCAACGUGCCCGCUGAGCUGAUGUACGUCGCGUACGCCUCUAUCCAAUUCACCACCUACCGAUCCACGACCCUGCUCUUACAGCGCCUCUGCGGGGGUGAAGACGAAAAUGGAAAGGAGGUAAGCAGCCUCCCGAAGACCGCGCAGUCGUUCAUCAGCGGCGCAUCCGCGGGCGCCACCGCCACCGCGGCUACGUACCCGCUGGACCUGCUGCGCACGCGCUUCGCCGCCCAGGGCAACGAGCGCGUGUACCCCUCGCUGCGGCGCGCCAUCGUCACCAUCGGCCGGGACGAGGGCAUCCGCGGCUAUUUCCGCGGCCUGAGCCCCGCCCUCGCCCAGAUCGUCCCCUUCAUGGGCGUCUUCUUCGUCGUCUACGAGGGCGCGCGCCAGCCCCUCUCCAACCUCGCCCUCCCCCUCAACGCAGGCGACGCCACCGCCGGCGUGAUUGCUAGCCUCAUCGCGAAGACCGGCGUCUUCCCGCUGGACCUGGUGCGCAAGCGCAUACAGGUCCAGGGCCCCACGCGGGGCCACUAUGUUCACAGGAAUAUCCCAGAGUACAAUGGCACGGUCAGCGCGAUUAGGCGCGUGCUGAGGCGCGAGGGCUUCAGGGGCUUGUAUAGAGGGUUGACAGUUAGCCUGAUCAAGGCGGCGCCCGCGAGCGCGGUCACGAUGUGGACGUAUGAGCGGGUGUUGGGGUUGCUGGUUCGGAGGUCGGCUGGGAGGGAAGAUGGGGUGACUGACUGAUGGCCAGGUGUAUGAGAUGUAUAGGUUGUACUAGUAUUAGGGCUACUGGUUGUGUUACGGCGUUGCUGGCAGGAGAGAAAGAAAGGGGGGCCAGGGGACACAAAAUAGGCGUUUACCUUUAGUAUAUGGAUGGGUACGAUACCAUUUGUUGAAGUUCCUACGGGAUCUCAACGGUCUUCUCGCUUCACUCAGGUAUAAAUACUAGACCUCUUGAAUAUACGAUACCUACAUAGACA